AAAAUUAUAUUAUUAAUUGCUGAAAAGUGAAAACCUGUAGGAAACCCCUUGAACAUUAAAUACGUUCAAAUUGUGAUGUGAAAUUAUACCAAGCGUUUGUUACGGAUUAUUUGUUUUAUAAAAAUAAAGCAACUAACUUAUCUUACAUAUUAAUAAUGAUUUCCUGCGCGUGUUUAUACGAAUCUUAAAUCAAUUGCACAUGAGUCUAAGACUAAUCAAUCGUGGGUUUCGAUUCGUGACGAGAAGUUUCAGUAAUAUGUCGUUCCCUGAAUCACCUGCGAAAGCCUCAAUAUGUUGCGAAGUGCUGGAAGGUGCGCCACCUACGUAUGCUAUGUACGAAGCCCUGAAGGAUUCCUGUCAGAAUAAUGCUACGUAUUUUCAACCUGAUGAAAGUGAGAAUGGUCAACGGUUGUACCAAGGAUUUAUAACUCUUAUGGAUCACAUUGAUACUGUAUGGCCUCUUGUUGACCAUGUUAGAAAGGUGGCACCAUCAUAUGACUUUGAUGAAAAAUCUCCAGGCAAUGGAUACAGAAGUUUUGUAUCAGUUGUAGAUUCCUGCAUCCUCCAUGGUCUUAAACUUAGCAGACAAGUUUGCUCUGGACGAGAUGCAUUGCUAUUUAGAAAAGGAUAUUUUGUUAAAGAAGUGGAAUCAUGUGGACAACUCUUGGCAUCACUGGGCACGUGUCUUCAUCAUCUCCACACCUUAAUUUCAUGGGCACCACCUGGUGACCUGUUUCCUGUCGAGUCACACUCACCGGAAGAACUUUUCUCUAAGGCAGACACAAUAAAUCAGUAUUGUUUUUAUGGGAGAUGUCUAGGUUUUCAGUUCGCCCCAUCGAUACGCGGGAUCCUCAAGGGUAUAUCGAUAUGCAUGGCUGGCUUCUCGGAAGCAUACUACAGCCAAGGCAAUCUGAUCAGCUCGGUGUGGACGGGCGGGCAGUACUUGAUCGAUCCCGAACUCCGGGCCAGAAGGAUCGUCAAUAUAUCGCAGUCCGCCAGCGUGGAGUUCUGCAAGGCCUUCUGGUUUCUCACUGAGAGUGAAAUAAUGCGGCGAGUGCCGAGCCUGAUGUCGACCGCGGUGGCGGUGAACAAAUUGAUAACGAUAACGCCUCGGCCCCUCGUAGUGCCGACCGUGGACGGCGAGGAGAGGACGGUUCCGCCGCCGAACUCGCACAUCGGCCUGCACGACCUUAACGUCCGGCUGAUCAGCGUCAACAAGAGGAACGGAAUGACGAACGAGACCUCCAAUCUUCCGGCGGCAGACGGCGUGAUAUUCCAUUGCCACGGAGGAGGAUUCGUGGCGCAGAGUUCCAAAUCGCACGAGAGCUACCUGAGGGAUUGGGCGGCCAAGCUCGACGUGCCCAUUCUGUCCGUGGACUACAGCCUCGCUCCGCAGGCGCCCUUUCCGAGGGCCUCGGAGGAGGUCUUCUACGCGUACUGCUGGCUAUUGAACCACCUCGGAGAGGUCGGCACCACGGGUAAGAGGAUAGUGUUCGCGGGUGACUCGGCCGGGGCCAACCUCCUCGCGGGCUGCAUUCUUCGAAUACUGGAGAGCGGAAUUCGGGUCCCGGAAGGCCUGUUCAUGGCCUACGCCCCCCUGCUCGUCAGCUUCAUCCCGAGCCCCUCGAGGCUACUCUGCCUCAUGGACCCUCUGCUGCCCUUCGGCUUCAUGAUGAGGUGUCUCAAAGCAUAUGCGAGUCCCAAUUCGAAGGACAAAGAAGAGAAACGCCAAAGAGAAGGGACUUCGAACGCGACCACGCCCAUAGACGGAAACGGCUUCCUCAAAGUCAGCCCAUCGCAGGAAGGUCUCGGCGAGUCCUCGUUCGAGGAGGUGUCUCCGUCGGAUCUGCUGGAGCUGCAGGCGCACAAGUCCCAAGGCAGCCAGAGGAGGCACUCCGGGGACACCACGGUCAGCGCCGCUUCGCUGCAGAGCGAGCACACGGCCACGGGGGCGAGUCCGUCGGAAGAGCGGUCCCAAAAGUGCUCGUCGGAACUGCUGGACGGAUACGCGUUCGACAGCGACACUGACGGUGAGGAGGGACGAAGGAGCAAUCGUGCCAGUCGCCGAGGUGAAUCCGAAACUUCGAGCACUCUGGUCGGAGAGCCUCCUCUGGUGGUCGACGGCGAGAGCGAGCAGAAGAAGAGGGGCAAAUCACGCAUCGGUGAGGCGGCGUCGGGCAUAAUGGAGGCCAUGUCGUCCCGUUUCGCCUCCAUGAAGGACUCCAACGCCAUCUCUGGACCCACGCAGGAAGAAAUGGCAGUGCGGUCGAACCUAGACUCCCUGAUAGCCAGGAGUCCCUCGGACGAGUUCAUGUUCUCGGUGCCCAGAGACCCCGUCCUGUCUCCUUACUGGGCCGACGACCGGCUGCUGAAGAGGUUCCCGCCCCUGAGGAUUCUGUCGGUGCACAUGGACCCGUGUCUGGACGACUGCGUCAUGUUCGCGAAGAAACUGAAACGUCUGGGCAACGAGGUGGAGAUCGACGUCGUCGAAGGAUUGCCGCACGGCUUCUUGAAUCUGUCUCUGAUGGCGAAAGAGGCCAACGACGCAUCCCUGCAGUGCAUAGAGAGAAUAAAACAAUUACUGGACGCGGAUGCGCUAUCCGAUAACUUAUGAACGCAACGGCCUUCGUCCAGUGUUUAGGCUUCGUUGCCUCUUGACGCGACGUCGACGUUCCGAGGUUCUUCUUUCGUUGGGAGUAGUCGACGAAAAGGUUGAAGCGCGAGAUUAUUGCCAAGGGACGUAGAAAUACUUAAAUCGCAAAUAUGCCGUUUCAGACUUUUUAAAUGAAAUUACAGUAAAACGUCACUUUUUGCGUCGUCAAAAGAGCUCAACUUUGUAAUUAUCAGAACGACGUAGUCAACAAAUGUAUUUGAUACAUUUGUCAUCACACUCUCACUCGGUUUUUUCAAUUUUUCAUUAUCAACAUAUAUUUGGUUUAAAAAAAGUUUAAAUGUGACAUUAAAAUGACAUUCCCUGAUUAUGUUACACUGAAUAAAUUGAAUUUAAAGUUAAUAUAUCUAAAUAAUAUUGUUUAAAGAGUUGAUAUACAGAGAUGGAAUUAUUGAAGAUUAAAAUAAUAGUAAUAAGUUAUAGAGUAUAAAAAUUGUCUAUGAUAUGUCGAAAGGACCAGAGGGUAUAAUUAACAAUUUUAAAAAAAAUUCAAUGAGAAGGGAAGGUUCACUUCAGUUUGUUGCUCGGCGAUUAGCAUUUAUUAAUUUUUUAUUGUUCAAAAGUACAAAGAAUCUCCAUAUAUUAAUGGUUGUAAGAGAUUUUGAGGAUUAUGUAUAUUUGGUUAUAAAUGGGCUAGAUUUAAAUAUCCAAGGAGAUAGUUAUGUAACUCAAUAUGAAAACACCAUAUGUAAUUAUAUUUAUUAUGGAGUAUUUUGCUAUUUUAACGUACUUGAAGUUAAGGUGUAAAUUAUUUUGGAAGUUAUAUAAACCUUAGUUAUAUCUUACAAAUACACAAAUUAUAUUUGUCUAACAUUAAUAUGCCUAAAUAAUUUUGCCGCCUCUUUAAAAUAAGCUACUGUAAGACGCCCCUCGGGUAGAAUUCCUCCUUUUUGAUUGAUACAUAACUUUAUUUAUUGUUAUAUAUGUUCUGAAACAUAACAUUGUAGCACACCCUAUAUUAUAAAGGCUAUAAUAAUUUAUUUGAUGAACAAAAGCUUCGUAUUAUGAGCAUAGACGAAGUGAUUAUAUAGUUGUGAUAAAAUUGCAUAGGAAUGUCUGUGAUAGUAUGCUUUGAAAAAGCAGACAGUAUUUUAAAAAAUGCUUCAAACUAGUGAAUUUUGUGUGCAAUAAAAUAAACACAAAGUAUACCAAUAGAGACAUUGUAGUUCACAAAAUACAUGUUUGAUUAUGAUUAACUAGGUAACUUAUUUGUUUAUAUAACAAAUCCUUUUCAUUCCUAUCAUAUUCCUUCAGUCAUUGUUUUAAUUUUGGGGAAUUUAUAUAUUGGUAAUGGUGUAGUGGUGUUUUAAAAUAAUAAUUAAUGUAAUCACAUACUCUAUUUUAAUAAUUGUUGUUGUUG